CUUGAGUCCCGGAUAUUCGAUAUGGCUGAUAGAUCUGUUUUCUGACGGUGCGAAACACUUAUAUAACGAAAUCAAAUUCGUACUUUCAUCUCGAACUCAGUUUUUUCUUGAAAGCGAGCAAGGCGUUCGUGCGAGUUCAAAACUCGAGGGAAAGUUGUGUGACAGCACAAAGAAUUGUCCCGCCGCACAACGCAUGCAGAUGCCAAUGCGUUGUGGAGUAGCGUCAUUUCUUCUUGUUGUGUUGCGUAUUUUUCUCUAAAGUGGGACGCAGUGUACAUCAGUGACUGUCACGAGCUCUAUCAAGAUACCAGCUCAGCACUUGAAAGGCAAAGCCGUUCUGGGCGUUCGGCUUUUUGCGUGACGGAGAAAUUCACCGUCAUUGAUUCAAUAUCCCGUUGAACUUCAUCGUACCCGUGGCCCAUUGAGUUUUAUCCAUUGAAGCCCCGAUUUUAGACCCGGUUUUGCUUGUGGGUUGAGCGAACGUCAUCGUCCAUGCGCUGACACUGACGCGUAGGACCGUGCUGCUUGUUUUGCUGUAAAUCAUUUAAGCAGAGUUUCAUCCGGCAUCCUCGCCUAUACUAGGGUGUCUAUGUUUCUAAUUGAUAUCAUAAUAUCCGCAGGUAUUUGUGUUUGAUCAAGAUGAAGAAGACGAGGAAGAAGACUCACCGGGCCGUCCGGAGGUGCCCAAAGAAUAGCAGACGCUUGUACAGAGAUUUGCAGAAGCAAAUGCGUGAUGAUGUGCUCCGUUCUAAGUGGAACAACCGGGAGAGCAUUCAGAAAAAUAUGGCAAAGUUUACACUGCAAGAUUUUGAGCACCGCCUUGCGGACGAUGAAGAGCUUCUGCGACCCAGCGAGGAAAAAAAGCUGAACGAACAGCAGCUCAUCAUCAUCAACAAGCUUUUUGCCAAGUUUGGAGACGAUUGUGAGAAAAUGAGCCGGGACACGAAGAUCAAUGUGUUUCAAUGGACCACGGGACAGUGCCGACGCUUUCUGCGGCAGUACACAUCAAAACACGUGUGCUCCUCAGCGAAGGAGCAUUUGUUGCCACAACUAACUAUGGCUCCGACCCCAGCUCACGAAACCCUCCUGCAACAGCAUCAGGCGGCCGCGGAAAAGAGGAAACAGCAAGUGGAGGCACACAUCCAAGAUCAACUCAGAGAGCGUGUGGGCAAGAAAAUCAAGAAGCAGAAGACGGAUGUGGGCGCAUCCAUGUUGUCUGAGUCCGGUAAAUUUACUGAACCGACGAUGAAAUCGAAGCCUAAAUCAGCUACCAUGGCAAAACCGCAGUUGACGCAGAAGAGCAAAAUCAAGUCUCUCCGGUAGCACAAAAGUUGGCGGUGUCACCAAGGAGUGAGGAUGAAGCAACACAGGUUGAAUAUUCCAAGUCUCGUGUAGCUCACGCUACAAGUUAGCAACAGGCUGAGUAAUUUAAGGAGCUGCGUAGAAGCCGUAUCGCUGGUACAUGCAGUUUAGCAGGUUCCAUGAGACUGUGUCGGAUAGUGGCGGUCUUGCCACGCAGACCAAGUGGCCACAUUUCCGCGUCUGCGUCUUGGCUGCGACAUCAAGCAUAUGGAUGGUGGACGCUUCUGGUGCCUCGAAUGUAAUGUAGGAAUGUGGCAUUGGCUCGCAGAAACUGAGACAUGACAGCACGUCAGUUUAAAUGAGAGCUCCAUUCCAUGCUCAGUCUCCCCAUUAUGGCCAUAUGGACCAAUCAGGAUGUGAGCUCGAGUUUUCCCCUUGACGGGGCUGCUUCAACUGAGGUUGGAAGCCCUUCGAUGUAAGACCGUUACUGGCUAACGAUACAGUGCCUGAAAAGCCCGGGGGCGGGGUGCGAAGAACGUUUUAGGUUCUCCGGGACGUACAGCGUUGUGCGUUUGGACGGUAUCCGGAAUCACUAGAAUUUUGCGUGGUAGUACGGGAUCUGUGCCGGCGUGCCGUCAAAUCACCGUAUGUCUGGGCGGUGUACAUCCUACUAUCCGUGAGCGCAAUAACAUAGAAUACUUCCCUGGUGGAGGUGAAGCAGCCCAAAACUGUUUCGAAAUGCGGUUUGCUGUUGUCCGAGACAGCGUAGAGAUGCCGAAUUCCCUGCUAAACUUGCAUUUGCGAUACUUUCUCGUUUUCUGACACACUGGUGCUGCAACCCUACGAAAGCAAGAAGCCAAGGACCGGAGCAAUGAACAGUGCUGUCACUACUGCAUAAACUGACCUGCCCACUACACAGGGAAAUCAUCGGGAAAAAAAUCGAGUUUGUUUUCACGUAUCCAAGACGCUGAGAACACAACCACAAAACACCCAAAUAUCAUGAUGU